UAAGUAAGUUAAUUACAGGCAAUGUGCCUCCCUUCCUCUUUCACUCUGCCUUGUUGACAGCGCGACUGACACAUCGGAAGAAACCUGACAAACUGUUGCUUCAGUCAAGAUGUUCCUCUGCUGUUGGCUGACUCUGGUGGCUUUAAUCCCUGUGACCCUAAGCACCAAUCCUGGGGUGAAGGUCAAGCUAACCGCAAAAGGCCUUGAAUAUGGCAGACAACUGGGGAUGGCUUCCAUCCAGAAGAAACUGAAAACCAUCAAAGUGCCAGAUAUUUCAGGGACCCAGAAGGUGUCUCCCAUUGGCAAGGUCCGGUACAGCCUGACGAAUUUGCAAAUAGUGGAGGUGGGUUUGCCAACGUCCGCGCUGGAUCUGGUGCCAGGAACGGGGGUCAGACUGUCCAUCGGUCAGGCCUUCCUCCGUCUGCACGGAAACUGGAGGGUCAAGUACCUCCGCAUAAUAAAGGACAGCGGCUCUUUCGAUUUGAGCGUCAGUGAUCUCACCAUCACUAUGAGCAUCGCCAUCAACAGCGACGAGACAGGCCAUCCUGCGGUCAGCACUGUCAACUGCGCAGCCACCGUCGGCAGAGCGAGCGUCAAAUUCCGCGGCGGAGCCAGCUGGCUGUACAAUCUCUUCAAAAAAUUCAUCGAUAAGGCUUUACGAAACGCCCUGCAGAAACAGAUCUGCCCCCUUGUGACCAAGGCAGUAUCUGAUUUGAACCCUCAGUUGAAAACUCUCAAUGUUGUAGCCAAGGUGGACCAGUUCGCGGAGAUUGAAUACUCCAUGGCAUCAUCGCCCACAGUGUCAACAUCCUCCAUAGAAUUGGGCAUGAAGGGUGAAUUUUACAACAUUAGGAAGCACCAGGAGCCUCCGUUCUCCCCCGCGGCCUUUUCCCUGCCGCCGCAGACCAACAAGAUGUUGUACAUCGGCUUGUCCGCCUUCACCGCCAACUCUGCGGCCUUCGUCUACAACACAGCCGGAGCCCUCAGCCUGUACAUCACCAAUGACAUGAUCCCACAAGGCUCGCUCAUCCGACUCGACACCACAACGUUCGGCGCCUUCAUCCCGCAGAUCGCCAAGCGUUUCCCGGGUCUGAUGAUGAAGCUGCUGGUGAAGACAGAGGAAAACCCAGUGACCACAUUUGAACCCAACAACGCCACGGUGCAGGCCACGUGCACAGUGACGGCCUACGCUAUCCAACCCAACGCCAUACUCUCCCCUCUCUUUGUCCUAAACUUGGAGAGCAGCGUCAGCGCCCGACUGUUUGUCAGUGGAAUGAGGCUGGCCGGAGCGGUCACCCUAAACAAAAUGGAUCUGACCCUGAGGACAAGCCAUGUGGGAGACUUUCAGGUCAUAGCGCUCGACAGCAUCUUCCAAUUGGUCCUCAAAGUGAUUGUGAUACCAAAACUGAACGUUGAACUUGCAAAGGGAUACCCACUUCCUACACUUGGAAAGAUGAAGCUCGUGAACACUCAGCUUCAGGUCCUGAAGGACUACAUGAUGAUUGGGACAGAUGUUCAGUUCAGCAGUUGAAUGGCAGUUCUGGAAACUCCCAGGAUUCAUUUCUGCGCUGGGGCAAUGAAGACGCAAUCACAGCCAGAGUUCAACUGAUAGUAAAAUAAGAGAAACAACUGAAUGAUGCACAUAUACUUCUCUUUAGAAAUACAGAUCUCCUGUUUGCAUUUGGAUCUCAGUUAUUUUUUAAAUAAAUGUUUCCUUCUUUA